AUUUUUCAGUUCCAGCCAGUGAUUACUUGUCAGCACCCAGCAAUCGCCGAGUAUCUCCGACGGGGUAGAAACCUGUGUAUAAACAACACAGCAGUGUGCUUACAGUGGAAAGCACUCACACAGCAUAUUGUGAAACAGCACACAGUUAACCCUUUGAUCGCCCCAGAUGUUAACCACUUCCUGCCCAGUGCCAUUAGUACAGGGUCAGUGCUUUUUAUUAGCACUGAUCACUGCAUUGGUAUCACUGGGGAUGUCAGUGACACCAAGUCAGUGUCAGAAUGCCCGCUGCAGUUCUGC